GCCCUCGGUACUCGCCGUAGUUGCAUGCGGGUUUGUUUGAUGGAGGCUGGAUGAAUGCGGUAAAGUUACGAUGAGCAACACGCCAACAGGCAUGACCAGCAGAUAUGGCGGAGAGUUUGAAGCUAGGAUUUGACUUCCCCAGCCCUGUCAUACAGGCCCAGACGGUGAGACAACUUGUUGCUGCCGUGCUGAAGGAGAAAGGGCCGAAUGGACAAAUCACCCAGUCCUCCAGCCAGGGCCUGGCGUUGGAGGCUCUGUGGCAGCGGUGCUGCAGCGACUGCACGCUGGUGCGCUCAGCCGUCUGCGAUGCCGUGGUGCUGCUGGUGGAGCAGGGCCACGCAGACCUGCACUACGUCCUCAACAGCGUCCUCAACCUCCUGCCCUCCGCUAGAAAUGUCCAGGGGCUCAUCAAGGUGAUCGGACGGCUGCUCCAGAUGCAGGCAGACCAGAGGGACAGAGGAACAGCCUUCACCUGUCCUUACUCCAUCAGGAGCAGCCCCCACCCAUACAUCACGGCGCUGGAGCACCGAGCGGACUGCUGGCCGACCCUGCUGCUGGAGAUUGAUGACUACAUUCAGCAGGCCGCUGACAGAAAUGAAGCAGUCUACAUCAGCAUGCUGGCCCCCUUCCUGCGCUACCUGUACUGUGAACCUCAGAGGCAGACCCAGCACGCCCUCCUGCGCCACAGUCUCCUGCGGGUGCUGCUGCCCCCACAGCCGGUCCCGCCGAGCUCGGCGGUGUCCGGCAGCCUGCUGCUCUGCCUCUGUCAGCUGGUGCCACACAUGCAGGUGGACAGUGUGGAGGCGGUGCUGGAGCUGUGUGGGUUCCUGGGCGCUCUCCUCCAGGGUCUGGCCCAGGACCCGGCCCAGGACCCGGCCCCGGCCCCGGAGCAGUGCUGGAGGAGCCAGAGGGUGGGGAUGCUGCUGCAGCUGCUCUGCGCCUGCCAGCGCUGCCUCAAGUUAAACGGAGACUGCCGACCUCUUCUCAAUGUGUUACAGCAGCUCCUGCCUGCCUGCCAACAGGAGCUGCCAUUGGACGAGCUGUUGAUGGGCGUGGCCAUGCUCCUGCUGGAGGUCCCUGCCUCCCAGCAGACCAGCCUGCUUCGUCUGGCUCUGGCUUUAGUGUGUGAGCAGGCUGAGCUGGCCCCCUGGCUGAGUCCCGUCCUGGUCCUCCCUCUGCUGCAGCUGCUGUCCUGCGCGGCUCUCAGCGAGCCGCUGGCCGACCGGCGCACACACAACCUGAACCAGGACUUGACCGAGCGCCUGCUGCGCAGCAUUAGCAGCAGGGACACGGAGAAACCCCGGCAGUCCGGUCCACCGUUGGCCCUUCCCCUAACGUCCUGGUACAGCGAGCUCAGCGUGGCUCUAUCCACGCUGCGCAGAGUGGCAGAUGACCCCGUGGCGGCAGCCGAUUGGCUGCUGUCGCUCAGCUCGGCGCUGUCGUCCAGCCAGAGCCAGCUCUGCUCCCUCAGCCUCACGGUGAGCCAUCUGAUCAUCACGGCUCAGGACGACGUCUGCCAGCUGGCUCUGAAGGCCAGCCAGGCCAUCGCUGCAGCCGAGCCCUGCCAGGUCCCUUCCCUUCUUCCUGUUCUGUUGUUCAAACUGGGAAAGGAAAAGAAUCCAGCGCUGGCCCUCGCUGUGCUGAACUGCUUGCCCAACCUCGGGACUCACAAGCUCUGUGUCCCCAUGGUGCUGCAGACUCUCCACAUGCUCGCCUCCACCCCGAAGCUGAGACCCGUGGCACUGCGUCUCAUGACCACACUGUGGAAGAAACAGGACCGAGUGUACCCGGAGCUGCAGCGUCUGCUGGGCCAGCAGGACAGCAGGGUGGUGGUGGGGAGAGACACCCAGUGGGAGCAGAUUCUGGCCCGGGCCGCCUGCCUCAGGGACGUCUGCAGGGAGAGGCCUUACCAGCAUGGAGGUGACAUGUUGGCUGCCAUUACACUCACUCUGAACCAGUGCACCAGACCAGACAUGGCAACCCCCGCUGCUCUCGCUCUCCAAGGACUACAGGAGCUGUGCCGGGCGGAGGUAGUGGACCUCGUGUCAACGUGGAGAAGUCUGGGCCCCGGACUGAGCUGUGACUCCCGUCCGCUGAUGGUCCGGGCCAUUGCUGAACUUCUGGCUCUGGUUCCCCAGCUCACCGCCAAGUCAGAAGAAUAUGAGAAACUGAAGGAGGAGGUGGUCAGCUUUCUCUGGAAUUACGCUGUGAGCAAGGAUGUGGAGGUGUCCAGCUGUUGCUACAGGGCUCUGGCAGAUUUUCCUGAAGCGGUCCACACCAUAAAUGUUCUUCCUGAGGCGGCCCGACCAGCUGCAAAGCCCUCUGGGAAGGAGCAGGAUGAACAAGGGAAGGAGGAGGAGGAGGAAGAAGAGAAAGAUCUCUCCAUCCCAGCUUCAUCUUACGUGAAGCUGAUGGCUCUCACCCCCGUGUCUGUUCUGCCAGCCUUUGAGCUCUUCCUGACGUCACUGGUGAAGCAGGAGAUGAGCCAGAUGCCCCGGGGGGUGUACUUCUCUGCCCUGAGGGGGGGGAACCAGCGUUCAGACCAGGGUAAAACAAUGGCAGGGAUUCCCUCAUUCAUGCUGAAAACCUACGAGAAAAACAAGCAGCCCGGGCUGAAGCCUGGACUCGCAGCUGGACUGCUGCUCUGUUAUGAGCUGCCUGUGCAGACGGGCCGUGACGGCAGACCGAUCGAUCGGUUCCUCUUGAGCCGCAGCCGCAGCUACCAGCAGACCUUGGCAGCCCUCAUUCACGAAGUGAACAUCCAGCCGUCUGAAUGGCACCGCGCCCUCCUCCUGCCCCAGGCCUGGCGAGGGUUCAUGAGCCGAGCGUUCCACGCUGUCCUGCAGGGUCGACGGGCUGAUUUGGAGAUGCAGCAGAAACAAGGCAAAGAAGAAGCACAGGAGCUGCAGUACAAACAGCACUGUGCCUGGCUGUGGGCCAGAGAUCAGCUGACAGACGUCAUCAAAGCUGCUGCAAAGGACAGUCCUGUCGUCCAGGGGAACUCCAUCCUGGCUCUGAGCGGCCUGGCUGCUGUCCUGGCUAAAUACGAGAGCAACCUGCCCGCUGAUAGCGAUGGCAGCCUCAGGGCUGGUCCAGAGUUUGUCCCCACAGCCAGCUGGUUGGCCAUGGUGCUCCACACCCUGCUCAGCAUCAGCAGCAGCAGCUUCAAGGCCAGGGGACAAGUCUUCCCCUGGUUCCUGCAUCGCUCCUACUCAGGGGAGAACACAGCGAGUGCCAUUGCUCGCUCCUGUGCCAGCCUGGCGCUGUCCCUGCUGGUCCCGGUGCUGGUGGUGUGGCAGCGGGACGGCCUAGCCCAGGUCCUGUCGGUGCUGCAGGCCGGCCUGCCGGGCUCCCCCACCGCCGACGACUCCCAGGCCAUCCAGUUUCACUCGGGCCUGGCGCUCGGCAUGGUGCUGUCCAGUCUGCAGCAGCAGCGCCUGAGUGAUGUCUCUGUGGACGCUGAUCUCCUCUCCAGCUCUCUGGACGCUCUGGAAAGUUGCUCCUUCAACCCCGACCUGGAAUACAAUACUGGCUGCGUGUUAGGCCUGGCUCUGGUGCUCGCAGCUCUCUGCAGCAGUGGACAGACGGAGCAACAUGUCCACGUCACCCAAACACUGGACAGACUUCUGUCCAGCCUGCAGGACAGCAGUGGGCAGGGCCGCAUGCUGCAGGAGGUCUUGGCGUACUCUGUGGCCUGUGUGGGUGUCUCGGCCUUCAGCGGAGGCCUUAUUGACGCUGCCAAGGCCGAGGAGGUGAUGAGCACUCUGCGAGCCCUGACUGAGGAGAGCCAACAGACCCCAGGUUUCUCCCUGGCUCUGGGUUUGGUGGUCCAUGGCCUGUCUGUGUCGGGCCAUGGCAAAGCAGAGGACAUCCACCCUCGUCUGCAGGCUGCUUGGAUCAAGAUCUUAUUGGCCGAGGGUUGUCCCACUAUGCAGCGGCUGGCGGCCGUCAACGGCCUGGUAGCUCUAGUAGGAUCUGAGAGUUACCUCAUCCAGCAAAGCAGAGAGCUGGAGCUCUCCUCCCAGCAGCAGAGCCGGCUGAACGAGGUCAUUCGAGCCAUCACGCAGAUCAUAUCACUCUCCGGAGCCAUAGGUCUGCAGUCCAACAGUGCUUGUUUGGUCGGUCAUCUGCAUCUGGCCCAUAUGUCCACCAGUCACAGCCACACAGCAGUUCCUCAGGACUUCAGUUACCUCUCAGAGAAAAGUCUCAUCAGAUCCAUCAUUGACUUCCUCACAGAGGCUGGAAAAAAAGGUCCAGAGUUUGCCCAUCCAGCUGUAGUUAGGACUGCUCUGACUCCCCUGGCCUCAGUUGGAGCCAGUUUCCAGUACCCGCCCAUCAACUGGAGCGCCGUGCUGUCUCCUCUGAUGAGGCUCGGCUUCGGAGAGGAUGUGCAGCAUCAGUGUGUGGUGCUGGCAGCGUGUCAGGCUCAGUCUUCUCAGAGCGCCGGUCUCUUCCUGGGCUCCUGGCUCUCAGCCCCCCUGGUGCACAGUCUCAGUUCCCAGACUCGGUCUCAGCUGUAUGAGAACCUCGGCCUGUGGAUGAAGCACGUUGCCGAGGACAAGCUGCAGGUCUACAUGGAGAGUCUGGGCCUGCAGCACUUCCAGGAGGAGCUUCGCCCCCAGCGUCUGUCCCUGUGCCGCUCCCUGCUGCAGGGCUUGGCUCAGGCCAUGGCUCUCCCAAACCCCCCCAACAGUUGCUGGACCAUCCUCUGCUCCAGCUCGGAGAAGAUCUUCUCCCUGAUGCCCAAUCACAUCCAGGAUAAUGAAGUGGAUUUGUAUGUGGGAAUCGCCAAGUGUCUGUCUGAGAUGUCGGAUGCAGAGAUUGAGCGAAUCACACAAGUCACAGAGGCUCACAUGGAGAAGACCUGCUUCGUCCUGGCUUACCUGACCUCCCAAGGCAGAGUUCCCCUGCUGGGCCUCAAUGAUGUCAUCGCGGGGGUGCUCCGUGGUUGGCCGAGCCACAGAGUCGGCUGGCUCCUCCUGCAGACUUUUUACCAGUGUCGCCUGGCCACCAAUCCCAACACAGGCGUUUUGAAACGAAUGGAGUGGCUCCUGGAGCUGAUGGGACACAUCCGAAAUGUUGCGUAUGGUGCAACCCCGGUCACAUGUGGAGACACCAAACUGGCCACAGACUUCCUGUUUCAGGUUUUUGCUGCUGCCGUAGUUUCCUGGGGUGACCACUUCAUGCCCCGCCUCCUUGGCAUAAGGGACAAGUGGUUCCCAUGGCAACCCGGCUCCAAGCCCCAGAUUAUGCAACACGGUCUGUAUGGUGAGGAGUCAUUCACCGACCAGGCCCUGCCACAGUGCAUGCUGGGAAUGUCCCACAGCCUGGCUCAGCUGCUGGACAAAGAGCCCUGGAGCAGCCAGACACACAAGUUCAUAGACUGGCUCUUCAGCAUCACAGAGGGUCCUGAAGAGAAUCUGUCGGCCGCAACCAUCAGCACAGCCAGAGCGGCCCUGUUGGCCCUCAAGUCCUCCGCUGAGUUCAAGAAGAAAGCUGUGUGGACCCGAGCAUACGGAUGGUAGCCCAGAGGAGCCAUGACAGACGGUUAC